CGCGCAAUUGAAACAAGCUCUUCAGAAGCGGUUUUGUGUAUCUUGUGGGUGGAGAAUAUUUACAAAUAAAUCAUCAUCGUGCUAAGUGAUCAGCAAGAUGAAAGCGACAAUCUUCACAAAGUCACCAAAGAAGGAAUUGCCGUCAAGUAGUCUGUAUGAUUUGUAUCGAUUCGCGACCAAGACAGAAAUAUGCGUCACGCUGGGAAUUCUCUUAAUGAUCUUCGCCAUGUCAGUGGGUCACCCCAUGGCAACGAUUAUCUACUCGGAAGUCAUAUCAAUGCUGAGCAUUCGAUCUGAUCUCAACGCCACUGUUAUUGACACACUGCUGCUGCCGAUCUUUGGCGGUGGAAGACGCCUGGAAAAUGCCACUUUGGAGGAUAAUUACGAGGCACUCAAGGACGACGUGAUCUCAUCGUUCAUCCUGAGCACUCUGCUGCUCAUCGUGAUGGUCGUGGUGAUUUCCAUUGGAGUGUACGUGAUGAAUCUCAUCGCUCUCAAGCAGACAAUGCGCGUGAGAAAGGCUUUUCUCAUGUCUGUCCUGAGUCAGGACAUGACGUGGUUCGACUCGAAGGCCAGCAUGGACUUUGCCAGCAAAAUCACCACCAAUCUCGACCUGAUAAAGGACGCCAUGGGAGAGAAGCUGGUCACCACAGUCUUCCUCCUGUCCGCCUUCACUUUCCACAUGACUUUCAGCUUGAUCACCGGAUGGCAGCUCACGCUAGUGAUUGGCGGCGUUUACACCGUUCUCAUCCUGGGAUGCUCAAUAUUCGUGGGCAGAUCGGAGAUUCGCCUCACCGAGAAGGAGCUCAAGAGCUACUCAGUGUCGGGAUCGAUAGUUGAGGAAGUGUUCAAUGCCAUUCGCACAGUUGUGGCUUUUGGCGGGGAAGAGAAGGAGUACAAGAGAUACUCAGAGAGUCUGAGAGUGGCUGAGAAGUCUGGUGUGAAGAAGAGCUUCUUCUCUGGACUUCAGAGCGGCGUCAUGUGGUUUCUAGUCUUCGGAGGCUUCGGUUUGGCCUUCUUCUACGGCAUUCACUUGAUGGUUCUGGACUUUCAACUGCCAGAAGAGGAAAGAACCUACACAAUUAGAUCCAUUGUCUUGAUUGUACUGUGUAUGAUCACAGGAUCUCAGUUUGUGACAUUCGCAAUUCCCAGUUUGGAGACAAUAUUCUCCGCCAAAGGCACCUCAACGGCCAUUUACGAAGUCAUCAAUCGCAAAUCCAAAAUAAAUCCAUACAGCAAAAAUGGCAAAACAGUGGAAGAAUUCAAGGGAAAUAUCGAAUUUAAGAAUGUUCGUUUUCACUAUCCAUCGCGAAAAGAUGUUAAGAUCCUGAAGGAUGUUAGUUUUCAAGUGAGAAAGGGACAAACUGUAGCUUUAGUGGGAAGUUCAGGAUCUGGGAAGUCAACUUGUCUUCAACUCCUGCAGCGGCUCUACGAUCCCACCGAAGGAUCAGUGUCGAUCGACGGCGUGAACAUCAAGGAUCUCAACAUCGGCUUCCUGCGCUCGCAGAUUGGCGUCGUGGGCCAGGAGCCCGUGCUCUUCUCCGCCACCAUCGCCGAGAACAUCCGCUUCGGCUGCCCGGAAGCCACGCAGGAGCAGAUCGAGGAGGCGGCCAGGAUCGCCAACUGCCACAGCUUCGUGGAGAAGCUGCCGCAGGGCUACGAGACGAUGCUGGGCGAGAACGGGGCGCAGCUGUCGGGCGGACAGAAGCAGAGGAUCGCCAUCGCGCGCGCCAUGGUGAGGAAUCCCAAGAUCCUGCUCCUGGACGAGGCCACGUCCGCCCUGGACACCACAUCGGAGAGAAUCGUGCAGAAGGCGCUGGACAAAGCCUCCGAAGGACGAACAACUCUUGUCGUUUCCCACAGACUUUCCACCAUUGAGAAUGUGGAUUAUGUGAUUGUCUUCAGGCAGGGCGAAAUUGUGGAACAAGGAACUCAAAAUGAUCUCAUGGAGAAGCAAGGAGUCUUCUACAAACUGAAGACGGCGACUCACGAAGCUACAGUUUCUGACGAUGAAGCCACACAAGAUGUGCAGGAAGAUAAAUUGUCCACUGAAAUGAUAAACAUGCUUCUGAAGAAAGAAGAAGAAUCGUUAGACAUUGACGAUCCCAAAAUCUCCUCAAUGACACUUGAGGAGAAGAGAAAGAGUACAAUGAAUCGCAUCCUGAAAAUGAGUUGGAGAGAGUGGAAAUUGAUGAUUCUGGGCGCUUUGUGUUCAAUUGUCGUGGGAUCUUCGUUUCCCAUCAGUGGAAUAUUGUAUGCCAGAUAUUUUGAGGUUUUCGACACAACAGAUGAAGACGUUAUUUACGAAAUCGCGAUAAAGUACACAAUCUUGACGAUUGUUCUGGCAACUGUGGCCGGAAUUGCUGCCACACUGCAAAUUUUCGCCUUCGGAAAGGCUGGUGUUCGUCUCACAACUCUGCUGCGAAAGCAAUCCUUCCACUCAAUCAUGAGACAAGAGAUGUCUUGGUUCGAUAAGCCAGAACACUCAGUUGGAGCCCUUUCGGCCAGACUUUCCACGGACUGUGCGAACGUUCAAGGCGCCACUGGAGCACGCUUGGCCGGGAUUCUUCAAGCCACUUCAGCAGUUCUCAUAGGAUUCAUCAUUGGACUUGUGGCGUCGUGGCAGUUGGCUCUAAUUGUGGCCUUAGUCAUUCCACUUCUUCUCGCCGUGGCGAUCUUUGAGUCACAAUACGCGAAAUCCAGCUUGGCCAAGGAGAAGAACUCAAUGGAAAAUGCCUCCAGGAUUGCAGUGGAAGCAAUUGCGAACAUAAGAACUGUGGCAAGUUUGGGCAUGGAAGAACUCGUGCUUGAGAGAUUCCACAGUGAGAUUGAAGUGGCGUCGCGAGAAGCAAGAAAGAGCGCUAGAUUUCGCGGACUGGCUUACAGCUUGAAUAUGACAAUGAACAUCUUCGCUUACGGCGUGUCCUUUCUGGCUGGAGGAUACCUCAUUGCAAAUGGCGUAGUCAAUCAUAUUAAUGUGAUAAUGGUGAUUGAAUCGAUGCUUUAUGGCUCUUGGAUGAUGGGAAUAAUUCUCAUCUACGCUCCAAAUGUAAAUAUGGCACUUGUAUCGGCUCAAAACAUACUUAAUCUUCUGGACAGGAAACCAAAAAUUUAUGUAACACCAAAUCCACAAAAGACUAUUGAUAUAAAUGGAAAGAUUACUUUCAAGGAUAUAAAGUUUAGAUAUCCAAAUAGACCCAAGACUCAAGUCCUGAAAGGACUGAGUCUCCAGAUUCCGCAGGGAAAGACAGUGGCGCUGGUCGGACCGUCGGGAUGUGGAAAAUCGACUUGCAUUCAACUCUUGCUCCGCUUCUACGAUCCAGAAUCGGGCAGAGUGAAGCUGGACGGAACGCCGAUCAGCGAGUUCUCCCUGGGACGCCUGCGAUCCUACCUGGGCCUGGUUUCCCAGGAGCCUGUGCUCUUCGAUCGCACCAUCGCCGAGAACAUCGCCUACGGAGACAACUCGCGCGAAGUGCCCAUGGACGAGAUCAUCCAGGCGGCGAAAGAGGCUCAAAUCCACUCGGAGUUCGUCUCCAAACUCCCUCUGGGUUAUGAGACUCCUUUGGGAUCGAGAGGGACGCAAUUGUCUGGCGGACAGAAGCAGAGAAUCGCCAUCGCGCGAGCUCUGGUGCGCAAGCCGAAGAUUCUGCUCCUGGACGAGGCGACUUCGGCUCUGGACGCGGAGAGCGAGAAGACGGUCCAGAGCGCCCUGGACAAGGCCAGCGAGAACCGAACCUGCAUCGUGAUCGCGCACAGAUUGUCGACAAUCCGGAACGCGGAUCUUAUUUACGUCUUCGAUCGCGGACAAAUCGCCGAGAUGGGAAAUCAUCAUGACCUCAUGAACCUUGAUGGACUUUAUGCCAAAUUGUAUAAUUCCUCUGCGUAAUCGUAAAAUGAUCUGUGAAUGAAAUUUGACUGUGGACAUCUGUUUACCUUUAGAUUAAACUUGAAUAAACUAAG